UCUUCACUUGAAGUUACACUCAAGUACAGAACUUGAGUUUUUGUGCCAAGACGUGAUAUGCAAAUACUGGCCGUGGAUGAAAAACAUCAUUGCCAACUUUCCGGAGGAGUCUGCCCUGCAGAGUUUGUUGGCGACGAAACCCUUCCUGAGUGUUUUUCAUGCGAAGGCUCAUGAUUGGACCUGCCAGGUUGUUUGGGGAGGAAGAUGGCAAGAUGGCUCUGCAUCUCAGGCUGGGGAGGAAAUGGAGCAAGCCAACAGCUACUUGUCUCGUGCAGCCCUUACUACAAAAACAAUGGACAAGGCAGGUAGGGAGGAGCAGCUUACAGCUCAUGCUCUCUAAUGGAAUCGAAAGAAGAUCGCAUCAUUCCACAGGUUUCUCUGCCUCCGUUAUAAGAAGAGCCAUAAGAAAAUUCAAGAGUUCGAGGAGGCAUUAGUUAAGACCCUUGCUAAGGAGGGUGUUGAGGGUGAUGUGAAUUUCAAAAGUUGGAAGUUGGAAGUCCAGGAGUUUGCUGAAGAAGUCAAAAAGAAGAAGAGGAAGAAGCCUAUCGAUUCAAGUGUUGAAUUCUGGACGACAGAGAACACAUCUUCGUAGUCGCCUUGAAAAGGAACGGAAGAAGAUGUGUUUAGUUGUAGAUGACUAUAACGCCAUAGCUACACACACGGUUAAAGCUGAUGAAAUCACCAGUGAGGAUUAUAUAUUUCCAUGGAAUAGUAGUAGAGAUAUUGCCAAGAAGAGGAAAAUAGUCGACCUUGUAGAGCAUAUUGCAAGGCAUAAAGAGGAAUGUCCGAUUCUUCUCAGGGAAAUGCAAUCGGGGGUACUGUUCUAUCGCCAAAAGGUGCGCCUUCUCAUGGAAAGACUGUCUAAAAACAGCAACUCUAAUGGUGAGGAGGACGAUGACCCAAUUAAAGUUGGUAAACGAAUGCUUCUCUUGGAGGCCAAAGUUAAUGCAGAGGUCCUGCUGCAUGACUCAAUUAAGGCCUUCAAGAAUGUUCUCAACAGGAGUGAUAUUGAAAUGGUUCAAGAUUUUGAGGCAGAGGAGGAAGAUGAUAGGGAAUAUGAAGAUAAUGAUGAAGAAGAUGAAGAGGAAGAUGAAGAGGAAGAGGAAGAGGAUGAGCUCUGUGGCUCACCUUAGGGGUGCCUGUUUCAUUGUAAUUAAUUGUUGUGUAGUUGUUAAAUUGGAUGUAUACUACUAUAGAAAGCUCUGCAUGUUGACAGAAUAUUAGGCUGAUGUUGGGUUUUAUUCAAGGUCACAGAGGUCAACUCUAAAGUCUCACUGAAUAGUUAAGUAGCACAUUUUGUUUGUCAUUAUGUGACCCUCAGGCGAAACCAGAAUAACGGCACUCUGAGAUAGACUGGUUGUUCAUUUUACUCUUGUCUACCUUUUUGGACAUGCAAG